UCACAGAGGCUAAUUAGGAGGAAACUUCAACACAUGUUACAGUCGCCACAAGGUCAUGCUUCCGUCUUCACCAUGAGACCAGAGGUCUGUCGAUAAAACAUAAACACCCACCACUACUAAUAACAAUGGACACUUGUGUUGUUGUGAUACUUUUUGCAGUAUUUUGGCAGAGUUCAGGCUUCCAUUUUGGCGUCUCCAACGCCUGCUACGGGCAGGGGCCCUGUUCUCGUCAUGAACUGACCUGUGGAAAUACUGACCGUCUCGCCAUCAUAUCAGCUGUCCAUGGCUUCAAGAUGAAGGAGUCCCUUUGCCCCAGCCUUGCCGUGAACACCUGCUCGUUCAAUACCAAGUUCUGCUGCAAAAAAGACGAAGUGCAUGACUGCACCUUCCCCUUCAAGAACAUCUACAUGAGGUCUCUGUAUGAGCGCUGUUCUGGAAAAUUCAACUGUUCCUACUACACAGAUCGUGUCCAGGAAUCUUGCAUGUUAUCAACACGUACACUGUCGUCCUUCUCGUCCAUCAGGUUCAGCUGCAUAUCAGAAACAGAAAUGGUUGAUUUUGACACCGUUGGCUCCACGCGAGGAAAGUCCGUGUUUCUUGCCUUUGACCCCGAGCUUUACCUACGGAACUCUGACAAAGUCCAACAGUACUCUUGUAGAGUGGAACCAGCAACGUCAUCCACCCCAGUCAACGUUUCCAUCAACGCUCUCGAUGUCCGCUUCGAUAAGAUGGGAGAGAAGUGCUCAAGUGUUCUCAUACGGCAGAAUGAAGGCCACGUUACCAAUAUCACCUGCGGUCCGUAUGGUAGACGUACAUUCCUCUCUUCGGUGACAAAUAUAGGAAUGUCCUUGACCCCAAUUGACAUACUUCUGAACCUAGUUCCAGAAAAUCUUCCAGGAUAUGUGUGGAUACAUGUGGAAGCUGAGAACACCGAACUUGAACUCCGUUGUGGAUCCCUCGAAAAUGCUUGGUGGGGAGACGACUGGCCCGCUGGUGACAGAAAGGUUAUCAACACUGCAGAUAACACGUCUAUGACAGCAGUGAUAGGGGGCGUGGUUGUGUUGCUGGUUCUAGCAGCAGUGUUGGCUGGCGUCAUCAUUUGGAAGAGGCGGGCAAAUGUGACGAAGUACCUUCAGACAAUUCCCCUGAAUGAAUCAAUUUCCAAGGAAGCUGUGGAACGGAGACUCCGUGCCCAGAGCGGUUGCAGUGAGACAAUCAAUCUAACGAUCCAACAACCUGAUACAAUCUCCGAGAAAACCGAAACACUCCAGGUUCGCCCUCCACCAAAAUCAACCGACGAACCCAUAUACGACCGCAUCAAGUUUGCCGACGAGACACCCACCACCUCUGCUGUAGGCGUCUAUGAUCACCUUCGUCACGUACUAGUUGACCAGGACAAGGUCGACGGUUAUGACAAAUGCUUGGUCGGUAUGGUCAAGAUAGGCACGGACAACUCGGCGUAUGAUACAACCGAGUCGGCGUCGCGUGACACUGAUGAAGUCAAGCGUGACGUUGCCUACGACCACUUGAACGGCAACACUGAAGAUAAAUCACUGGUUGACAACAUCUACGAGAACACGACUCCAAAAGCCGACGAAGAGAACCCUUACAAUGAUGUUGCUGAGAAGGAUGAUGAUGUCAAGGACCAAACUUCAGACUAGUUUUCGUUACAGUUUCAACUGAACAACUG